AUGAACCCGGAGUAUAUUGAGCUUUCUAACUUGGAGCUGGAGUCCAGCCUGCAGUUUAAGCAUGCUUCAUCAAGCUCAAGUCCGUCUUUCCUGAAUAAGCAGAUAGCUCAAAUUUUAGCUAGAUUGGGUGUACUUAGUGAUGAUACGAAUACAAGCAUAGUUGAAGAAAUGCAAAUACCGCCUACAGCGCAAUUUAUGAUGGAAAAGAUCAGCGAAUUAUCGGUACAAGAUGCUAUUGGAAUACUUCGUGAAACUCUAGCAGAGCAUAAGGGUGAUGUUAACUACUUGCAUGAAGACUAUAUGUUGUUAGAACGAUUGGUGCACAUGCCAGACUCCGAACCAACAAAACAAGAACAGAAAAACACUGCAGAUAAUGAUUAUGAAAUUAUAACUAGAAAUGAAAGUGCAACUAGAAGUGGAAAUGAUAAUGAUAAUGGAACUGAUAAUGAUAAAGAUAAGGACGACUAUUUGGAGCUGGAUGUAGUAGAAGAAAUGGAACAUUUUAUGUCCCAUGCCAAACAUAAACACUAUCUAAAUAUUACUGAUUGGAAUCUCCAAGUUAGGUUGGAAGCUGCAUUAAUUGCAUUCCAUUCACCAUAUCCAGAAAUCAGAGCCAUAACUGACCCAUAUGAUGAUCCAAACAUGCCUGUCGAUACCUUUAGAGUGUAUGUAAUUGGAUUGAUAUGGACAUUAAUUGGAUCUAUCAUCAAUAAUUUCUUUGUGCAUAGAUUGCCAGCAAUUAGGUUGCUGCUGCAUACUGUACAAUUACUUUUAUACCCCAGUGGAAAGCUCUGGGAAUACGUUUUCCCUACAAACUUGACGCUUAAUUUGUUUGGUUUGACUGAAGUAAACUUGAAUCCUGGUCCUUGGACGUACAAGGAAAUGAUGCUCUGUACAAUUAUAUACCUGGGAGCCCUGGGGACGCCAUACCUGGUUUACAAUAUUGUCGUUAUGAAACUAGAUAGGUUUUAUGGAAUGAAGUGGGUUACAUGGACAUUUCAAAUCUUAUUGGCCUUAUCCACUCAAUGUUUAGGAUUUGGAUUUGCUGGAAUAAUGAGAAAAGUCUGUAUAUACCCUGCGAAAGCGUUGUGGCCCACCAUUUUGCCAACCAUUGCGUUAAACCGUGCAUUAAUGAACGAAGACAAUGAUACUAACGCAGCGCCUAUCUAUGGGUGGAAAAUAUCAAGGUACUCGUUCUUUUGCGUUGCAUUCGUGGGCUCAUUUAUUUAUAAUUGGAUACCUUCAUUCUUCUUUAAAUCACUUGGCACGUUGAAUUGGCCAACCUGGUUCAACCCACUGCUGUUACAUUUGACAAAUAUUACGGGUAGCAAAGAAGGUUUGGGGUUCAACCCAUUCCCUAGCUUAGAUUGGAAUACUUUGGAUGCUGGAGGUUGUCUCACCAUCCCAUUUUACACUUAUGCCAAUCAGUUUUUGGGUGCAAUCCUUGGGUUUUUUGUUAUUUUGGCUGUAUAUUACACCAAUAAUAAUUGGACGGGUUAUUUGAAAAUAAAUACAAAUCGUUUAUUCAAUAAUAAGGGUGGUGUAUUUAAUGUGCACGAUAUUUUAAACGAGAAUAAUCACUUUGAUAAUAAGAAGUAUAAAGAAGUUGGGCCACCAUAUUUUUCAGCUGCAAAUUUAGUUGUUUAUGGAGCCUAUUUCUGCCUCUAUCCGUUUGCAAUCUUGUAUCAUUUUGUUACUGAGUGGGAAUCAAUGAAGUCAGGAUUCAAAAAUACUUGGAGCAGCUUUACUAAUAGUUCAGACGACACAUUCGGUAGAGAUAAGGAAGAUCCUCACUGCAAGAUGAUGGCGAAGUAUGAUGAAGCUCCUAAUUGGUGGUUUACUGCUAUUUUAUGUUGCAGCACAGCAUUUGCGCUCAUUUGCGUAAUAAUGUAUCCCACUGAAACACCUAUUUGGGGGAUUUUUGCAGUUAUAGUUAUCAAUUUCCUAUUUUUACUUCCAUUGACAGCUAUUGCAUCAGUGACAGGAUUUGGGUUCGGGCUUAAUGUUUUGGUCGAACUUUUGGUUGGCUAUACUAUACCGAAUUCUGGACUUGCUCUAUUAACCUUGAAAGCAUUUGGUUACAACAUCGACCACCAGGCAAGUAACUAUAUCACUGACCAAAAAUUGGGUCACUAUACCAAAUUACCACCAAGAGCUAUAUUCAAAGGUCAACUAUUAGCUACGUUACUAAAUGUUUUCGUUGCCCUUUGUGUGACUAAUUGGCAACUAGACAAUGUUACUGACUUUUGCGAUCCACAUCAAAAGGAUAAACUUUCUUGCCCUGGUGAUACAACGUUCUUCUUCUCAAGUGUCCAAUAUGGGGUAAUUGGUCCUGCAAAAGUCUUUGGUGGGUUAUAUCCAGUCUUAAAGUGGUGCUUCCUUCUUGGGGUUUUGCUUGUUAUUCCUUGCGCUUGGUUCAAGAAAUAUGGGCCUAAGAAGUAUACUAGGUACUUUCAGCCAACUUUAAUCAUUGGUGGAUUUUUGUUGUAUGCUCCUUUAAAUUUACUGUAUUUUACAGGAGGAUUUUACUUAUCUUACAUAUUCAUGUAUAGAAUCAAAAGGGAUUAUCUUGCUUGGUGGGAGAAAUACAACUACGUUCUCACGAGUGCCUUAUCAGCUGGUGUAGCUAUCAGCGCCCUAUUGAUGUUCUUCACAGUUCAGUAUAAUCACAUAGAACUAAAUUGGUGGGGAAAUAAUCUCAGUAAUAUGGGUGUUGAAGCAGGACUUGGUAGGACUACUUGGUUGGACAUAAAAGCUGCACCUGAUGGAUACUUUGGGUUAAGGAAGGAUCAAUUUCCAUAG